GGCGUAUUAGCCAACACUGCCGGAGUUGCCAGACUGGCGGUGUGAUGUAAUUUGGUUUUUGUACACCGUCCGCGAAUUAAAUUAAAAUGUCACUUAAAACUGCUUUAUUAAGUGCUCUCAGGAGUUUCUCCCGGCCAGCUGUGACUCUCCAGACUUCAAGGAUACACACAGGGGUGUGCUGGCGGAAGGCGGAGGAUCGAAAGGAAAUGCUGGCAUCGCUGCCGGCCAAAGACGAAGGAACAGUGGGCGAAAAGACCGUGGACAUAGACACACUUAUCAACCGCAAGGCCAAGUUCUUUCCCGACGCCAGCACCGCCACCCAAUUAUUCAAUGGUACGCCCUUCAACGAGCUCCCCAUCUGCAACAUUCGCGUGUCGCCAAACAACACAAUUAUUUCCGUCACGGAUCACAAAGGCGUCCUCCGGCUGAUACGAUCCUGUGGAAUUGAGGGAUUUAAAAAUACUCGCAAGGGAACAAAUAUUGCUGCUCAGGCUACUGCUGUGACCAUUAGUGGAAAAGCUAUUGAACUGGGUUGGAAGACAGUGCGAGUAAAGGUUCGUGGUCUUGGCCCUGGAAGAAUGUCGGCUAUCAAAGGACUGCAAAUGGGUGGACUAAACAUUGUUUCCAUAACCGACAACACACAUGUUUCAUUUAAUCCCCCAAGACCCCGAAAGCAGAGAAGUCUUUAAACUUCAACUUGUUAACCACCUUUGUUUAUGAACAAAGUACAAUAAUAGUCGUUAAAUAAAAAAUAAUACAAAAUUUCUUUGAA